UUGUGAGUUGUAAGAUAAAUCAUUUGACCUACAACAUAUACAACACCAUUCUUCUCAAUAACACCUAUUUUUGGUUAUCAAAUCUCAGAAAAAGGGAAAAUGGGAAGAGGAAAGAUCUCGAUUGAAAGGAUUGACAACUUGACAAGCAGACAAGUUACCUUCACUAAGAGAAGAAAAGGGUUGUUCAAGAAGGCCAAGGAACUUUCCAUUCUUUGCGACGCCGACGUCGGAGUUAUCAUCUUGUCCAGCACCGGCAAGGUCUAUGAAUUUGCUAGUAAUUGCAUGCAGUCAUUGUUAGAGCGUUACUAUAAAGCAAAUGAGGACAACCAAGUGCUCAAUCCUACUUCUGAGGCCCAGUUAUGGAAGGUUGAAGCAGAGAGUUUAAGGCAACAGCUCGAGGAUUUGAGAAUCAACAGCAGGCGUUUAUUAGGGGAAGAUCUUUCAGAAUUAAGCAUUGAGCAUUUGGAAACCUUAGAGGCACAACUAGAGAUGGGAGCAAAAGCCAUACGUACGAGGAAGGAGGACAUACUCAAAGCCAAGAUACAUGACCUUAACAAAACGGAGAUUCUUGUGCACCAAGAAAAUAUGGAGUUACACAAAACGAUAAGUCUCAUGCGUCAGGAAAUGGCAGAAUUGCACAAAAAGGUUUCUGGAGGAACAGGAAAGGAUGAUCAAGAAGGUGGGGCAGGUGGUGGAGCCUCAAGCAGCACAUCAGCAUAUGACAAUUAUGAUCCAAUUGAGCUUAAUCUUAGCUUAUUGAAGAAAUCAGAUUAGUGAUUAUUAAUUAUAAGCUAGUAAUCAAAAUUUAAGCAUAUUUUUCAAGUGGGCCAGCUAUUAUUUCCUCAAAUUAAAAGCGUAAGCUUAUUAAUUAAGAGGAUGAAUAAGUUUAAUUUAAGUUUAGUUAAUUAAGUCUGGCAUGGAACAUGUUAUUAUUGUACCAUAAGCCUCAAGUCCGAAGGGCUUACGGUUGAGGCGGCAGUGAUGGGAUGCUAAGUUGCAUGCCUGAGCCGAAUUAUCGCUUGUAUUUUUCUUCCAUUAUAUUGUACGUUUUUACUUUUGGGUGCAACAAUAUUGUUAUUGUGAUUUUUUAGUGAAUUUUUGUCUAUUG